GGCACUCGGCGAUGACGCGAUGAUGCGUCGACAGCUGGAGGACGACAUCAUGCACGCGGCCGCUGCGGCCGCGCUCUCGCGUGUCAGCCCGUCUGCAUCCGACCCAUUUCGCCCCCAGACGAGCGAUUAGGAGGAGGAGCGAAGAGCAUCUGCAAACAAGCUGGAUCUUUUGGUCCGUCGCCUCUUUUUUUUUUUUGGGGGGGGGGGAGGCUGGCUGCGGCCUGCGGAUUGUCGGCGGGCUGGUUCGGGAACGUCGCAGCGAUGUGCGAGCUGUGAGGCCUCGCGGUGAUGGCAGUCCCGACUGAGCUUCAGCAUGACUAGCAUCUGUCCCUGAUGAUGGCCGCCCUCCUCGUGCGGACGUGAGCCUUCCCCCUGUGCCGUCCCCGCAUCCCCUCCUCUUCCUCUCCUUUGCUCCACGCCCACCCCACAACUGCACCCAUCCUGUUUCCGUGUGUGGAAUCGGCAUCCCUUAUGAUGGCAUGCUGCGGGCGCUCUUUGGACUCCCCGUGCACACUGGCCUUGCUGGUGGGCUUCCAGUUCGCCUUUGUGCUCUACUUCUCCCUCGGGGGCUUCAGAGGCUUGGUGUCCGUCCUGGUUCACACCACGGAGCGAGAGUUCGACUACUCGCGACCCCACGACGUCUACACCAACCUCAGUCAUCUGAGAGCGCCGCCUCCCCCACCUCGGAACUCUGGCACCGGACCUCCUGUGGCGGGACCGCCACUGGCCGACUGCCAGAUUGUGUCCCCGCUGCUGGUCGGGCCCGUGUCUGUGCACCUUUCGUCACCUCUGACUUUAGAGGAGAUCAGAACGAGGAACCCGUUGGUGUUGCCAGGCGGACUCUACCGUCCACCGGACUGUGAACCUCGGCACCGCACUGCCAUCGUGGUACCGUACCGGAACCGGCAGACGCAUCUUCGUGCUCUCCUCUACCACCUCCAUCCUUUCCUGCAGAGGCAACAGAUCCACUACAGCAUCUAUAUAGUGCAGCAGUGGGGGAACGGAACCUUCAACCGAGCCAAGCUGCUGAACGUUGGCGUGCGGGAAGCUCUCCGAGAUGAAGACUGGAGCUGCAUCUUCCUGCAUGAUGUUGACCUGCUGCCUGAGAACGACCACAAUACCUACACCUGCCACAAACAGUUUCCCACACACCUGUCUGUGGCCAUGGACAAGUUUCGAUACAGGCUACCAUACCCGCAAUACUUUGGUGGGGUUUCUGCAGUGACUCCAGAGCAGUAUAUGAAGAUGAACGGCUUCCCUAACCAGUAUUGGGGCUGGGGGGGGGAAGAUGACGACAUCGCCGCAAGGGUGCGUCUGUCUGGCAUGAAGAUUGUGCGCCCCCCAGCGGCCGUUGGUCAUUACAAAAUGAUUAAGCACAGAGGAGACAGAGGGAAUGAGCAAAACCCACACAGGUUUGACCUCCUGAAAAGGACCAGACUCAACUGGCGCUCUGACGGCCUCAACUCUCUGACUUACGAGCUCCUCUCCAAAGAACGGGAAGCCCUCUACACUAACCUCACAGUCGACAUCGGAGAAGAGCCCCAUCGCCCUCAGGGGAAAACUGCAACCCCUGUUCAUCAACGUAGCGCCUCCAAGACCGCAGCCACGGAUAAUCGGGAGACCAAGAGGCCAGAAAGCAAAGGAUCUGCGGUGGUAAAUGUCACUGCGACGAGACCCGACGGCCUGAAGACAGAACCUCCUCGGACAAAGGCAGCUAAUGAAACGAGACAGGAGAAAACAAAUGUGCAUGCUUCUCACCUGUAGCACUCAAUGGCUUUUUAUUAUUAUUAUUUUUUUUAAAGAUGCGGGAAUGCCUACAGGACUCGGUGGUAGACCAGAUUUCCUCGCUCGCGACGGGUUUUGGAUGCCACUUGGUUUUCCCUUUGGGCUUUCUAGAUAGACUGGGUUGAACAAGUAACAUCUAGCGCGAGUAAAUAACCCAGCUGCAAACCUGCAACUCCAUCCGGCGUGCUGCCAAUAAACUUGUGCCUUCUCUUAUAAAGCGCUUUUAUAAACUAGUACCGACCUGAGAUUCAUGACUUCGCCUGCCUUGCGGCAAACAUUUCGAAAGCAGGGAGGCGCGAUUUGAAAGAUUCCAUGUUUGUCCCCGGAUUGCUGUUUUAUAUCAGUGCAUCGGUGUCUCUAGAGAUUAUAUUUAUAUAGAGAAACCUCUUUAUUUGUUUACUGGUUUGUAUUUUUUGUUUUGUGCCUCACUCUCUUUGAGUUUUAGUUUCUAGACAAUCAAAUCACAUAGGGCAACAGAACUCUAUUCUAUGACUCAGCAUAUAAUAGCUAUGUAUCAUGGCUGUCAGAUUAUCAUACACUGGGCAUGAUUCGUUAUGAUUAUUCUCCUGUUACAUGGAGUAAUGUUUCUUGAUAUUGUGCUGUUAUUCACUUACCAGGUAUAGGGAAAGCAACCUUGCAGUAAAUAUUUUAAGGCACAUCUCAACCUAGUGUCUAUAGUGACUAUCGUGACAAUUAAACACUGUGUACAGACUCAGAUUGAAAUCAUUUUAUGGAGGGCAUCGCUAUAUAUUAUGAAUCAUUAUCAGAAGCAUCAAAUUGCGUAAGUGGGUAAGUUUGUGAAUCUUGUUUUCAUUCAUAUCAUUCUAACAUGCAUGGAAGCAAUUUAGAAGGAAGACAUUGGACUCAGAUGACAGACAUGUUAUUUAUGUUUUUUAACUCAGCCAUUUUGAAUGUUUUUGAUCCGUUUUACAAGAGGAGACGUAUGUGUUCGCGGGGGAGAGAGCGAAUCCAAUGCGCUGGUUUGCAUCUAUUGCUGCUCUAUACAAUGGUGAAUCGGAAGACAUCAUUUGCAAUAUGAUGCUUUUGUCUAUGAUCUGCAAUGAGCAUUCCAUGUAGUGCAGAUAACAAAUUUGAAUGUAUUUAAUUAUUGUUGUUUUUCCAGUCGCUUGUGAGCUACAUGACUCGUUUCAUGGUAGAUGACGUCUGUCUCUCCUUGUGCCUAUAAUAUACUCUAUGUCCAUCUCUCUCGUUGUACUGAACUCACAUUAUCGAAGGCGUGCUGAUGGCUUUAUAACAUGAGCUCAUCAAGUGGCACAAAGCCGAGUGGAGCCUCGGAAUGAAUGAAACUGCAGCGUGUGUGACAUGAAUGUUAAGUAUUAAUGUUCACCAUUCACAGGAUUCAGCCAAUCACGUGUGUGCAUUGCUCUGCGUAGAGGUUUUCUCAUUUGCAUCACAUGAGAAGAUCCCGCCAGCUUAAAGCUGUACAAGUUCAUUCUCAAUUCUGGCUCACCCAAAACAACAUGCUGGACAUCAGUUACUCAAUGGAUGUAGUUUAAGAAAGAAAGAACAAAAUCUAUUGAGAAAGAGUAUCUAUUAAAAAACAAAACAAAAGAACUUUCAGACUUUUACCUUUGGUUCGUAUUGACUGAGUGUAUAAAACAAGAAUUUGUCCGCCUUUGGCAACAGUUUCAUUUAGUUUAGUCAUACAUAUUUGUUUGAUAUGUAAUUUCAGCGAUGUUAUCAGCAGAUUUUGAGUUUACGUUGGGAUUGUUCUAUAGUCUAUAAAAGUGUGAGUUUUAUUUCAUGUAGAAGAAUUAACUUGCAAUGCUGGCCGGCUUUUUCUUUACUUGUAUUUGUCUACAUGUGCAAAAUAUCAGAAAAAGCAUAUUUUGAGUUGCAGACUAUGUACAUACACCCACAAUAAUUCAUAAUUUGUUCAAUUAACAAUGUACCUCUGACAGUGAUGUGACAACAGCAUAAUUAUCUUUGUAAAAGCAGAUUCUUUUAUAAAGCUCUUGAAUUGACACUGCCGAUUGGAGCAAAUAAAGAAUAAUUCUAUAAUAA